AUAGGAAGGACUGACGAUUGACCUAGUGCCAGCUGUUUACAAUUUACGAGAAUGUGAUUAUAGAAUGGCCGCUAGUUCUUGCCUAAUUUUUGAAAAAGUCGUUGUAGAAGGGUAAAUUAUAAAUUAAACUAAUUGGACUUGAUAUUUCGAGCUAAUCAUGCAUCAUGUAAAUUGAAACAUUGCUGUUUAUGAUAUACAUUUAUUGGAAGAACAAAUAAAUAUUCUGAUUUCUUAGAUUAUACAAAUCAAAAAUAGCCCAGCAUUUUUCAUGUUACAUUAAAAUUCUAAAAUUGAUAUAAAAUGGAGGAAGUUCCCAUAACUUUAUCAAAAAAGGAAAGAAAUUUCCCAACAUUGGACCUCAGUCAAUCCGAUUUGAAUACAUCUGAUCAACCAGUUUUAAUAGUACAGUCUCCAAAAACACCAACACUGUCAAAAAAAUUAAAAGCUGUUAGUCUUGAUUCUGAACCGACACCACAAUCAUCAAAUUUAGAAAUAUCCCGUGAUGUAUUUUCUAUGCCUAAUACCCCCAAAAGACAAAUAAAACCAAAAUUAUCUUGCGAUUUUGAAGAUAGUCCUCAAAAAUCAACACUAGCUCCAGUUUUGAAUUCCAAUUUGAAGAAAUUUGCUUCAAACAAUAGUAUUUCAGGAUCUCAAACCCUCAAAACAUUGCCCGAAGUAAUGACUCUACAAGAUUUUUCUGACGGACCUACAUCAGCACCAGUAAAAUUAAAAGCAAAAGGUCUGUUGGAACGACGAGGCUCAAACGCGAGCCUUACUAUCGAUUUGGGUUCCAACUCUAGCAUUCCUGACGUAAAGCCAGCUGCUUUUAAUCGAUUGAAUACAGCUAAAAGUGUAUCUAACCUGACUUUAUCAACGUUUGAUUCAGACCAAAUCUGCAGUUGUUUGAAGAAGUGCGAGGCUCAAGCCAAAUGUAUUGCCAAUGAUAGGAGAAAGUCACAAGAAGCAUGUGGAAAUUGUACUAUUUAUGAAUCUGUUCCAAGUAUUAUGAGUAGUUGUGAGGCUACCAAGUGUCAGCUUCCGAAAAAAUGUAAUUGUUGUACAAAAUCUAGAAGAAAAUCUUUAUCAAAUGAAAACUUGUAUAUUCCUCCAUGCGGCUUUUGUCAAACCGGAGCAUUUAAAGAAUGUACAGGUACAUCAAAACAUUGUAAAGGUUACAGAAAAGCUUAUUAUCCGAGACAACCUGAUAUAGAAACUACACAGUUGCUAUCAGAAGAUUUCAAAGUACAUUUAGAAAACGUUCAGUAUUUACAAACUGCUGGAAAUUUGCUUACUAUAAGCGAGUUACAAAGAGCAUGUGAGGUGUCACGUGUUCCAAAAUUACAUCAAGAAUUCUGGGAAGUGCCAUUAAAUCUUCAAGAGAAAUGUUAUGUUUCUGGCAGCCAAAGCCGUAAUAGAUAUAAGGGUGUUUUACCAAAUGAACACAGUAGAGUCCAUUUACCAGGACCACAAUCAUAUAUUCAUGCCAAUUACAUUAAAGGACCAGAUUAUACAGAGACUCUUUAUAUAGCCACUCAGGGGCCAAUGGCUCAUACAUGUCAAGACUUUUGGGAAAUGGUGUGGAGUACACAUUGUAAAUGUAUAGUAAUGUUAACAGGUUUAGUAGAAAAAGGUUGGAGUAAAUGUGAACUAUAUUUUCCACUUGGAAAAAAGGACGACAGUACAGAGAAAUCUUUUUACUAUGUUAAAACAACAAAAGUACGCGAUAAAUUUACAUUUGAUACUAAAAUAAAUACUCAACAAUAUGAAGAAGAGACGCAAGCUUUUGAACAAUUAAAUGAAGUCACUUUUGGCAAUUAUAGGAUUACUUAUUUAAGUGAGAGUAAUGUGGAAGAAUGUUACAUAAGGCAGUUAAAAUUGAAUAAAUUAGACUCUUCUGCAGAACCUCGGAUCAUAAGCCAUUACUGGUUGCCGAAUUGGCCAGAUCACAAAAUGGCUUGUCCGGAUCAAGUUUUAAAAAUGGCUGUUGAUAUUUUGAAUCUAAUGUUACCGAUGAGAAAGCUGGCUGAUAAUACUGUAAACGACAUAUCGAAAACAACCGAAGAAUCUCUUUCACAAAGUACAAAAUAUAAAACUGAUCUCAAAUCAAGAAGUAACUCUGAAACUUUUGAACCCAAAAUGUCAAAGAGGGAUGCAAUGCUUGCCAUAUCCAAAGGUACACCUGAAGCUCGUCGCAAGUCGAUGGAAAACGUGAAACUUCCCAUUAUUGUUCAUUGUAGUGCAGGGAUAGGUAGAACAGGUUGCUUCUUAGCGAUUCUCAACGGCAUCCAGCAGCUAAGGACAAAUGCAACUGUUGAUGUUUUAGCUAUUCUGUGUUCUCUUAGACUGAACAGAGGUGGAAUGGUACAAACAGCAGAACAGUAUGAACUCAUUCAUAGAGUUUUAAGUUUGUUUGCGGAAAGUAUGACUUAGGUAUAAUGAAUUAAUGUUGAAUUGUAUUUAAAGAAAUGUCUAGAGAUAUGUGGACAGAUUGAAGAAUAUGAAAAACGAUUUUGAAUAUGAAAUUUGUUGAACUAAUCAAUGAAUAGAAAUUCACUCCGAAUUCAUAUAUAGAUUGGAAACCCGUUGAAAUAUAUAUACAAACCAAUUUUGUGGUAUUGCCAAGCAGGAGAAAAGACUAAUUAGCUAAUUGUAGUGUGAAAAUAUUUUAAAAAACUUAUAUAUAAAAUAUUUAAAUGUACAUUAGAAAACGUUGGAAGUUUUUGUUGACUUCUGAUCUAAAAAAUUAAAAUUUUAAAUUUCUUCAACUACAGUCAUAGUAAUUAAAGUUGAAAAAAAUAGUUUUGAAAUAAUUUUGUUAACAGAAUGCACUCAAUACUUCAAACAAUUUACGUUGAUAUAGAAUAUAAUAUAGUAAACAUAUAAGUAUAAUCAUAUAAUAUUAUAGUGACAGAUACAAAUGAAUAUUAGGAAAUUGAAGCAAAGUCAUCUUCCAAUAUUUGGAAUAUUCUUCAUCAGUGCAAAUACACAUUCUGAAAAAAAUAAUCCGCAUUUUUGUUUUAAACUAAAUUUUUAGAAAUUUGUAAUGUUACCUGCUUUGUUGUGGUCCCACAGCAUCGACUCUGCUUUGAAGUAACUUUUUACACAAGCUUGAACGGUUUAGUUCCUUUGAAGCUGAUUUGUUUGUUGGGAAUCAGGAGCACUUUGAGGUAGGGAUGUUUAAAGAGUCUCUCUGCACGUCUCCUGGCGACUUUCCUCAUUUCAUCUGGAAUACAUUCGACUUGGAGGUUUCUCUGUAGAUUUUCGUUCCAAACACGCCAAGGAGUACUUGCAAUAUUCCUUAUUAAUCGGUUUCGAAGGGUUUUUAAACUAUGAUUGCUUUUUUUAGUACAACCACAUAGUUGCAGGUCAUACAUCCACACCAAUUAGAAAAACCGUUUAUAUAUUAAUAAUUUGUUUUAAAUGGAAAGCUACUUUGUAUUUAACUGUUUAGUUUUCUCUUUAACAAGUUGAUUCCAUUUAAGUUUGAUGUCUAUUUUUAAGCACAGAUAUUUUGCUGUAUUUUAUUAUGAACAAAAUAAUUUGAAAUAUUUUUUUUUCUUUUGCUGUUAAAGUUAAUUUAUACCGAAGUAGAUGCUCUAGGCGGAUUGUGAAGUGGAUGUGACAUAUACGGGUUACGUCGUAGUAUUCCUUAUCUUCACGUUUAACAAACAUUGCGAUAACCUCUAAAUUGGCGCUGUGUGUUGAAAAAAUGGGAGGUAAAGCGAUAACGACGUAGCCCGUAUACUUCACUUCCGCUCCAGAAUACACCUAAAGCAUCUACUUACCUGUCUAUAUAUGACUGUCGUAUUUCAGUUAGUCACUAAAGACAUUUUCUUUCGCUUCAUUAUCAGGCAUUGGUGCCAAAUCUUCUCGAACGCUUUAAAAGUAUCCAGAAAUAUGGCUGAGUCAAUUUUAUGGUAUUUCAGUGAUUUUUCAAUUUUAGUUUCCAGUUGAUCCAAACUCUAUUCAAAUUUCUAUCAUGAAAUCCACAUUGCUGCGGUUUGAUAUUUUUUGACAACUAUGUGGUUAUUUCAGCCUAAAUGAUGCUUCUUCUUCUACUUCUUGGAGAUCUGUCGAUUGUUAACUAUCUUUCCACCUUUUAGGUGGUCUCCCGGGAGGCCUUGAGCCGGGCGGGACUAUUCUCGGAAGUCUGUUCUCGUCCAUCCGUCUUACAUGGUUGUACCACUGCCUCUUACGUUGUUUUCCCCAUCUCACAAUGUCUUGUAUCCCGCACUGCUCUUUGACAUCUGUGUUUCUUACUCUGUCUCUUCUUGAUUUCCCCUCAGCAUUUGUUUCGUCUUGUUGGUGUCCUCGCGGAUUUCCGUGCCGUACGUCAUGAUGGGACUGAUACAAGUAUUGUAGAUUCUAAUUUUGCUAUCUUUGCGCAUGUACGGGUUGAACCAGACUAUAUCUCGUAGGCAUCCUGAUAGUGAGGAUGCUUUGUUAAUCUGGCUUCUUAGGUCUUUAACUGGGUCGUGGGUACUUAAUAUAACUAUGCCCAGAUAUCUGAAUUGCAUAACUUGUUCUAUGGGAUUGUCCUCCACCACCAGCUUACAUCUGAGCGGAUCCUUCGCGAUUGUCAUACAUUUGGUUUUGCUGAUAGAAAUGUUCAUAUUCAGUUGUACCAAGAAGAACUGGAAGAGUUGUUUUUGUAGGUCGUUUUCACUGUCUAAUUCCUCCCGGUGUUGGGAUAUUUUCAGUGAAUUGAUUUCCUACCUUGACCUUUGUUACGUUAUUGUUAUUUAGGUUAUGGAUUAUCUUCGUUAUGUUUGCUGGUGCCUUAUUUUCUAUCAAUAUAUGCAAAAUGUCUCCCAACCGGACCCUAUCAAAUGCCUUUGUUAGGUCAAUGAAGCAGAUAUACGCUGGCAUAUUGUACUGUAGCCUUUUCUUUUAUUUGUUUUAUUAUGAACACUGCGUCUGUUAUUGACUGUCCCUUUGUAAAGCCUUGUUGUUUUCAGCAUUCUUAAUUUGUGUUUCCAGUUUGCCCUUGAGAAUAUUCGUGAAAAUUUUCAUUACCAUAUUCAAGAGAUUUAUUCCUCUAUAGUUUUCUGGGCAGGUUUUUAGUCCUUUCUUGAAUACAGGUAUGGUGAUUCUGUUUUUCAGUUUCUUGAGUUUUGCUUCCACCUCUUCAUAAGCGACCGUACCACUUAUAUCUGUUUCGUAUUCGUUUAUAUUCGGCAUUUCCUUAGCAUCGUAAAGCUCUUUAUAAUGCUGUUGCCAUGUCUCUAUUGGUACUCCUUUGGUCUGCACGAACUCGUUAACUUGUUUUUUUCUGUUCCGAAUCAUUUUCCACACUUUCCUUUGGGCGCCAUACCGAUCGUGGUCCAUGUCACUAGUUAAUUAGCCCAGUGUGCUCUUUUGAUUGAUCUUAUUCUUUCUUUCGACAGUGCGCUUUUGUAUGUUGAGUAACAUUUUCUUUUUGAUUCAGAGAGUUCUUUUACCUCUUGACAAAACCAUGGUUUGGUGUGGUUUGUCACGUUUACAUUAAUUUUACGAUUUCCAAUCGCUUCCUCCGCUGUUUCUUUGAUGCAUUUCGCAGUACUUUGCCAGCUCUCUUCUACUCCCCAUUCUGGUUUCAAAUCUAUCUCUCCGUUGUUAGAGACUCCAGAUUGUACUUUCGAUUAACUGUGGGUGUUUUCUCUUUUGUUGUGGACGUUUUAGUAGUAUCUUGCCAAGAACAAGGUUGUGAUCAGUCCCCAGGCUAGUGCUCUGACGUCGAGUACUUGUGCGGGUGUUAUUACUCGAUUUGUGAGUAUGAAGUCUAUCAUCGAUCGCUGGCCUCGAUUGUUAUUGAAAGUGUAUUUGUGUUGGUCUUUAUGUGGAAAGUACAUGUUAUUGAUCCUCACUUCAUUUCUAGCGCAGAAGUCUAUUAGUACUUCGCCGUUUUCAUUAAUUAUGGUUUCAUUAUACUUUUGCUUCACGCCUGGUAUUACAUCGUUCCCGAUCCGUUCAUUAAGAUUUCCGAGUAUGAUAAUUUCGUCUUUAGUAUUUAUGUUGUUCAUGAUGUUUUGUAGUUGCUGAUAGAAGUGCAGAUAAAUGAUGCAUUAAUUAGAAAUGUAAGAUUUACCAUAGCUUUUCUAAAUAAUUUGUUCAAUAUCUCAUCACUAAUCGAUUAAAAGCUAAGGAUUUUUUUGUAUUGAUAUUAUUUUGGACUAUUUUAUAAAAUUUUUUUAUUGGCCGAUACUAUAGUCUUGAAUUCAGUUGCCUCUUGUUCAUGAUCCACUCGUGUUUAUUCAAGAUUUUGUUAAUAGAUAUUUUGUAUGUAAUUAACAACUUAUCUUUAUUGUCUACAGAUCGCUUCUUUUGCAAUACUUUUAUAAGGUACUUUUAUUUUUUUUAAACAUUUAGCUAAGCUUAGUGUGGGUAAUAGUCUAAGAGCUGGUCGCUAUCUCGACUAAGGUACUCGUCACAAAGCUACAAUUUCUUGUAUGAUUGAUUUAAUUAUAGUUAAGUAUCAAAACGUACUUCUGCUUGGUGUGGUGCUGUUGCAAUAAUACCCCUUUUAUUUUUAUAAUUGUAAUUGUUGUUAAAUAUUGUUUCACACGUCUACCGUUGACAAAUGUUUUAAUUUAUAUUAUCUGGAAUCUGUAAAAAAAUUGGCAGAAUAGUCUGGCGCUUACAAGUAUCUCCAGGUGAGUUUGACAUUAUGACAAAUGAAUGAAUUUAAUAUUAUACUUUAAGAAUAUAAUAUUUUAAUUACAAAAUAGUUAAGAAUUACCUGCAGAUUGACUUGAUGUUGAAAGAUAUUUUGACUUGAGUGUCAUUUGUCAUUUAUCUCAAGAGGCAAGAUGACAUUUUUAUAUUUAUGUUCACGUGAUUUUCUAAUUUUCAAAAUAUCAUGACACUUUGAGAAAAUCGCAGACUUGAACUUAAUUAAUUUCACACAAUUAUUGUUUUUACAAAACACACAAACAACUUCUUGUGCACAAAAAUUUUUAUAGCAAUUGCUAUGAUACACAGCUGCAUUACUUGUUUUGUCAGGAAAAACAGUGUCACUAUAUUUAUCUCCAAACGCUUGUAUAUUCUUCAAUAAUUCAAAUGUUUAUGAUAAAAUUGCAGGCGUAAAUUUUUUCAACCUUUCACUAUCUUAUUUUUUACAAAACACGCAGACAUUUUUUGGUGUCGAUUUCUCACAUUUUCACUGUAAGUUAAAAAUGACACAGAACUGGAAUCAAAAAUAAUACUAACAUAUGUUUGAAACAAUUAAUAAUUAAAACAAAGCUGGCGAUGGUAAACUAGAAAAAAAUCUGUUUGUAGAGAAAUUGUAUAAGUUAACUUUCUCCGAAAAAGCUAGCGUUGCAACUGACGAACUCAACGGAAAUUUUCCUCACAAUAGGCUAUGCACAAAGCAAUCUAUGUGAGGCCUGUAUUUAGGUAUACAAUGUUUAGACGAAGGGUCGAUGAAGGAUUGUGACGAAAUCUGUAGAAUAUUAAUAUACCUUCAAUUUUUCUACAGUAAGAAUAGUAUAUGUAUGUAUAUGGGGUUCGAACACGAAUGCAUCCUCUUCAGAUUAAUUUUAGAAGUAUUUACAACCGAGAAAAUCUUUUUUUUUACACGUUUAAAAUGGUAUGAAUUGAAACAUACGUAAAUAGCAGACUUGGUAAAGCAUAUUAUUAAAUAUGAGGAUAUAUUGAAAAAUGCUUAGUCUACUAUAGAACCAAACAAAAUUUCCAUGUCAAAAUAUUUUAUUACUCAACAUAUUCUACUCUGAAUUUCAAAAAAAAAUGUUUCUUCUUGCUCUGUAAACCAGACCUCAACAGCUUUUAUAUUACCUCCUCGUUGGAAGACUUUUUAAACGAACUUUUAUUCAGUUGAGGAAAGGGAUGAUAGUGGGACGGAGCCAAAUCUGGUGAAUAAGGGGGAUGUUCUAGUAAUUCAAACCCUAAAUCACGAGUUUUUUGCAAGGAAAUAUGAGAUUUGUGAGCAGGGGCGUUGUCCUGCAAAAACAAAACAUCUUUGGAUAGCUUUUCGUCUUUUCUCUUUAAUUUAUUCCCGUAUAGAGGUCACUAAUGUCGAAUAGUAAUAUCCAGUUAUUGUUCUACCCUUAUCCAUGAAAUCAAUCAUGAUUACUCCAUGACAAUCCCAAAAAACUGAAGCAAGAAUUUUUUCAGCAGAUUUUUGGACACGAAACUUCUUAGGUCUUGGGGAACCAGAGUGUCGCCAUUCCAUCGAUUGUUGCUUUGUUUCUGGAUCCAUAGUAACAAUUCGGUUUAAGAAGUCUACAUCGUUUUCAAAUCGAGCACAGAUCGAACGCGAUGCUUCUACCCUUGCACGCUUUUGGUCAACAUUCAAACAUUUGGGGAUCCAUUGUGCAGCAAUUUUUCUCGUGUCCAAAUUGACGUGAACUGAUAUUGAUUGAUAUUUUCCAUCCAGACAAGUUACCAUAAUCUGAGGUUAUAUCUAGGAGAAAAUUUUUUCAUACUUCUAACAAAAAACUGUUUUUGAUAGCUCCGCUUGCUGCCUAAUUUCGUGGACAUAUAACGUAAUAGAUUUGAUAACUUCGUAGUCAUUUAAAUGAAUGCCUUGUGAAAUGUUUUUAUGUAGGUAGGUAUACAUCCAAUUUUUUAAUUUCUAGUGUGGAUAAUUACUCUUGUUCGUAUUAUAAGAGUCCAUUUAUAUUCCAUUGAAGUAACCAGUGCUUUUUCCAUUGUUCUGUAGCUGAUACCACAGAAGGGUUCGGAUCUCUUGAAGGGCUUGUCUGCCCCCGCUUUAAAGAGCUUAUCAGCUAUUUAAUUUCCCUUCGUUCCGGUGUGUCCUGGGUUCCGUUGUAGGGUAACUUUAUUUUUCUUGCCUAGCUCCUUUAAUUUUUCUAGGCAAUCUCUAACUUGUUUGGAUUUUAUGAUAUUGGAGCUUAGAGCUCUAAUAGGAUGAUGAUUUCCUGUUUGCUCUUUGUUCCUUUGCCCUUUGCUCCUCUCUAGAUUGAACCGACCACAUUUUUCAAUUGCAUAUAUUUCUGCUUGAAAAAUGCUUGGUGCGUUGCUCAGGCUUUAAGAGUGUUUGGUUCGGGGCCCGUACACUCCUAUUCCAGUUCCGUCUGCUGUUUUAGAGCUGUUUAGUUAAUUUUGCCGGGAUGAUAGUGCUUCCAAAUUUUGGGUUUUCAGAUAAUUCAAAUAAAUUAGUUAAUUUCAUAAUUUUUGAUUGUGAAAUUUGAAAUAUAAAACAUAAUUUUCUUUUGAUUGUGAAAUUUGAAAUAUAAAACAUAAUUUUCUUUUGAUUGCUUAAGUACUAUUUAUUUAAUGUUCUAAAUACUCAGAUGUUGUGAAUUCAGCAAGAUCUUUAACAAUAUUUAAUGAAAAAUGUGUUCCAAAAACACUAUACCUGACUAUUCUCGUUACCUUUCUUUUACUAUUUCUCUUUCUUAUAAUAGGGGUUGUAUUAUUUAACUGAUUACUAUCUAAUCUUUCAUCAUACUGUUAAUGCUUCUAGGAUUGUUAAUUAUGCUCUCUAUAUUCAAACUAUGUUCAACUUGAUGGUACACCCUGUAUUUCUAUACCAUUCUGGAAUGAUUGUAGUAUACAAUAUUUUUGGUUUUCUAAUGUCAUUAAUUUUUUUCUAGCAAUAAGUACAUUUCUUUCAAUUUAAUAUCUAUUUGUUCUCUUGAUUAUAUAUAUUCUACAAUGUAAAAUAAAAUAUAAAAUAAAAAAAAACUUUCAUGUGAAGGACUUCUUUUCAAUUGCUGUCCAACGGUUUUAUAAAUUAAAAGCCAUUUUAUUCCCUUACAUCUGUUUUUAGUACUAUCGAAUUGUGCUACAACUAAAACUAUUUUUGUUUGAACUAUCGAAUCAAUUUCCUACACUAUUUUUAUUUGUGAAUUAAAAUAAUGUAAUUGCUCAGUUAUUGUUUUCUCCUGGUUGGUUAUAUAACUGCUAUAUAAUAGUUUUUUGAUAGAACGUUCACUCAAGAUAUGUUACCGCCUUUUUUACAAUGAAUAUAUAUUGCAUUUAUUAAAUAGAAAAUAAGAAAAUUCGAAAAUUAACAUAAAUGUAUUCCAAUCGUUCAUGAUAUUUGAAAGGAUUUUUGAUAUACCCAUAGUAGUUGUAAUGGAAGUUAAUGUAUGUAUCAAGAUUUUAGAAUUCUCAGUGGCGCGUGCCAUAAUUAAAAAAUAUAUAUAGAAAUGUUCUUUGAAACACUCUUAACUUUUUUAAAAAGUAUUUUUAUUUACAAUAAACGACUUAUAAUUUCUACAGAAAAUAAUUUUACAGACAAAUCAAUACUUUAACAAUGAACAGUAACAAAACAAUGAAUGAACUCGAAUUUAAUGCAAUGAAUUUAUAUUUAUUUGAUACGUAUUUUGGAAUCCUAUCUAGCACUUUUUUCCAUUUAUAUAAAUACUGUGGAAUGUAGAGUAUCAAAAACUAUCAUUAUUAGAACUAAGGAUCUUUUCGAUUUUAAUUGUCUUGGUAUUGCUAUUGCAGUCUCCUUAAUCCAACUAGACCAUGGGCGCUCUCCAGAAUAAUUGGAGAAUCCUUCGGACGUCACUGGUUUUGAAGCAAAGUUCGUCGACUAGAUCAAAUCGUAGGAUUCUCCUCUGUAUAUUUAUAAAAGUUUGACAAUUGCAGGGGAUGUGUAUCGUAGUUUUCUCCUCUAAUCCACAGACUUGACAGUCUGAAUCGGCGGCCCGUGCUCUGCAGUGAGGCCAUAAAAUGGCAGUCCAAAUACGAAACCAAAUUUGUUGGAGAUAUGCAGAAUCAUGUUUAAAACAUUUAAGAAAAGUCAGUACAAGAAAUUGGUUAUGUUCUCAUUUUUCGGUAGUUUGUAACUACUAGUUUUACUAAAGCUAUAUCAUACAAUCACAUAUACAGUAAGUGGCAAGGGACAAAGUUGCCAAUGCGUGAGUUAUAAAAGGAAACAACAUUGUCGAUGUACAGGCAUGAAUAACAACACCAUUGUGUAGACUUGAAUCAUUAUGAGAUAACAAAAAAUAUUAUGGUAUAAAAAAAACAGAAUCGGAAUACAAGUCUUCUAGUGAGAAAGGAGUAAAUAUAGGAAUAAUUUUGUGGACUGUGACAUUAAAUGAAAAUUGAAUAUACAAGAUGAUCCAGAAUUCUACACUUGACAGUACAUCCAAAAAUAAUGGUACUUCUCAAUGUAUCUUUUUUUUCUAUUAUGAAGCAAUGAAGAAGUACAACAGUUGAAAGGGAACCACUUCUUCAAAUAUCUGUAGUUUUGAGUAUGGCGUUCUUAUUUUGGUUGUGAUUGUAACAUGAGGGUUGAAACAAUUUCACAAAAUUUGUCUUUAGGCCCUUCUACGAAAGGUGUGCUCUUCUAAUAUUCUUUUAAAUACUUGUAUCUCCUGUAUUUUGCAAUUUUGGAAAAAGUGUUCAUUAUUUUUGUUUUUUUAUAAAUUGUCCAAAACUGUUUCCUUUCUUGAUAGUUGGCUUUGUCACUAAACUAUCUGGUUUUUGUAACAUAACUUGUUCAUUAUUAUAUGAAAUACUCACGCACAUAAUCAAAAUAAUAUAUUAUGCAAUUGGCAUGAAAUAGCUAUUUCUAAUUAAUUGCAAUUUGUACUUUGUCUACUACUGUUUCCUAUUACAUGUAAAUUAAUAAAUAAAAAACAAAAAUCGAAUAAAAGAUUUAUAUUAUUGUGUACCGAGUGUAAAACUUUUUAUUUUUAACCAAUUUGCUAGAAUAAGUUACUAAAACGUUUUCUGAAAAUGCAAUUCAAGAAGAGAACACAAGAUUAUUAAUAAUCUUUUUUAUGCUAGUAGUAACAAAGUUUUUAUUUUUAUCAACUUCCUCUAAUUAAAUUAAUAAAAAUGCGAAAA